CUCUACAAGUUGGUGUAGGCUACGGCUAUAUGAAUGCAAGAAGAGAAGUCAAUUCGGAGUAGGACAAGAAGUAUUUUGAAUUGGUGUCAAUUGCAAAUGAUUCCAGAGGGGGUUUAUUUUUAUUUUUAUUUUUAUUUUUAUUUAUAUUUAUUUUCAAACCCUAUUUACAUUUUCCAGGCAUGAAAUAGCGCGUUAACUUUGACAAGAGCUGCGUAAGGUAUCUGUGUAUUUAAACACCUUAUCUUCUUCUCGACACUCUCUCUCUGGGAAACUCAGCUAAUCUUCUUCAACUCUCUCAAACUCUGCGAGCAACUGAAAAUGGCGGACGAAAAAGCAAACCCACAAAUUGAAUUACAAAAUGAGUCAAACCCAGAAGACCCUUUUGCAGAAAAAGCCUCACCAGCUUCAGAUGACUCGGACUCAGACUCAGACUACGACUCCGAUGAUUCAUCCGAGUCAGACCGCGAAGUCUACACCAGGCUUGGCGAAGCUGACAACGACGACAUCCCCGAGGACGACGACUCGGUCGAAUCGAACGUGAAGCGUUUCAUGAGAGUUCUCAGAAGCAAGCGAAUGAGGAAAGAGCAAGAAGAGGAAGACAAAGAGACGGUGUACCAUGAGGACUUGUUUGAUUUUCCGAGAGAUCCAGAGAACUGGAGAGAGGAGGAUUUGAAGGAGCUUUGGGCCGAUGCUCCGGUUAAGAUGACCAAACCCGGUUGGGACCCGAAUUGGGUUGACGAAGAUGAGGUGGAUGUGUUGAGGGAGGAGAUUGAGGCCGGUAGAGACCCUCCAAUUGCACCCUUUUACUUGCCGUAUCGGAAGUCUUAUCCGGCCAUACCCGAUGAUCACUAUGAUAUAUCCAAUCCAAAAUCUGUUAUUGAAGAACUGGAUAGGAUUGAGGAGUUCUUGAAGUGGGUCAGCUACAUUUUCCCUGAUGGGAGCUCGUAUGAAGGUACUGUUUGGGAUGACUUGGCUCAUGGAAAAGGAGUUUAUGUAGCUGAACAAGGGCUGGUCAGGUAUGAAGGUGAAUGGCUGCAAAAUAACAUGGAAGGUCAUGGUGUUGUUGAAGUUGAUAUACCCGAUAUAGAACCUGUUCCAGGUUCGAAGCUUGAAGAAAAAAUGCGCGCUGAAGGGAAAAUAAUAUCAAGAGAUUUCAUGUCCCCACAAGACAGAGAAUGGUUGGAGAUGGAUAUUGAAGAUAGUAUUCGUUUAGCGGGGGGAACGUAUGAGAUUCCUUUUUAUGAAAGCAACGAAUGGAUUAAACAAUUUGGGAGGAAACCGGAGAAAGGUCGCUACCGCUACGCUGGUCAAUGGAAGCAUAGUAGAAUGCAUGGGUGUGGCGUAUAUGAAGUCAAUGAACGUACAAUAUAUGGCCGAUUCUACUUCGGAGAGCUUUUACAGGAGGAAUCUACUGGCUGUGAUGAGAAUACUUCAGCGUUGCAUGCAGGUAUAGCCGAAGUGGCUGCUGCUAAGGCUAGGAUGUUUAUUAACAAGCCUGAUGGAAUGGUCAGAGAAGAGAGGGGUCCAUAUAGCGAUCCUCAACAUCCUUAUUUCUACGAGGAAGACGAUGUGUGGAUGGCACCAGGCUUUAUCAACCAGUUUUAUGAAGUUCCUGAUUACUGGAAAACAUAUGUGCAUGAUGUGGAUCAAGAAAGGGAGAUGUGGUUGAACUCCUUCUAUAGAGCUCCGUUGAGGAUACCUAUGCCAGCUGAGCUAGAAUACUGGUGGUCAAAAGAUGAAAAUCCAGAAUUCAUCCUUAUAAACAAGGAACCAGAGCCUGAUCCUGAAGAUCCAUCAAAGCUUAUAUAUAAUGAAGAUCCCCUCAUACUUCACAGACCAACUGGACGGGUAAUCAAUUAUGUCGAAGAUGAGGAACAUGGGAUCCGCUUAUUUUGGCAACCACCGCUAAAAGAUGGGGAAGAUGUGGACCCAGAGAAAGCCCAGUUCUUACCCCUUGGAUUCGAUGAGUUCUAUGGACGUGAUGUGCUUGUCAAGAAGGAAAAUACAUGGAAACGCAUUGUGUUAGCGGUGGAAAAUGCGUGUAAACCACUGUUUGAUAAACUAGAGAAAUGGGCUGAAGAGAAGAAGAAGGAGAGUGAUAUGAAGAUGAAGCUGAUAGAGAAAGAGCUUGAAGUAGUGGAGGCUGAAAUAUGUCUGGAGGAGGCCAUUGAAGACAUGGAUGAGGAAUUGAAGAUCAUACAGAAAGAGGAGGAAAAGAAAGUGGAAAACGGGUUGCAAGAGGAAGAAGGCACUUUACCUUCUGAACUGGCCAACCAAGAUGAGAAAGCUUCAGCUGAAGAAGAUGAAGUGGAAGAGGAAGAGGAAGAGGAAGAGGAAGAGGAUGAUGCAGCACCAUCAAGUUUUGGGUCUGCAUUUGAAGCUCUGGACUCAACAAAAAAUGACCAUAAGGGAAACAAACCUGGGAAGUCACCAAAUUCUACAUCAUCAUCAUCGUUUGCCUCUUGCAGCCUUGUUUGUUCUUUCAGCCUUGUUUCAAUGGUCCCGUCUCAGAUACAACAAUCAUUUUUGACGUGGAAAGUGGGGAAAUUGCGACGAGAGAGUUCCUCGUGCUCAGUUAGUUUCCCCCUCAUGAUUAACCAAAAUUUGACACUGACGGCUGUGAGGCAAGCAAAUCAUCGGGCUAGUUACAUACCCAAUUUGCCAUUGAGAAAUUGCUCUACCCGGAGGACUUCCAUAAAACACACAAGAACCCUGGCAGAGCAGAAAUCACUACGUAGAAGUUGGCCAACUGCUCCGGAAAAGGACUUGUGCAGCAUUUUGUCUUUGCACACUAGCCUAGAUUAUGCCGUGCAGUGAAACCUCUCUCUCUCUCUCUCUCUGUCUCUCUCUGUCUCUCACUAUUAUUGUUGCUAUUAUGAGGCUAUACUUGGAUAGAAGUAGAAAUCAUAAUUCCUAGCAAUCAGUUUUGUCACACUAAAUGGAUGGAUUCUUUCUUUAUUUAAUCAAGUGGAAGAAGCAAUUUAUCAAAAUAUAAGCAGUCCUUAGAUUAAUAUAGAGGGAUAAAUUUUAUCCAACAUGUUGGAUCUAUUCAUGAUUAUUGUGAAUUGGGAGAGUUUAAUGGUACUAGUGUACGCCAAGAGUCGAUGCCAAUGGUAUUGAGUUGUACUUUUUUGUCUUCUCCUCCUGAAUCUCAUUCAAGUGCUCCAAACACAUACACUGAGUGUUUUCUUUUUAUUUAUUUAUUCUUUAUUUUAGGGUACCUUUUAUUUA